AUGAAAGAAAAAACGGCUCAUAAUACAGCUAUAAUACUUGAAAGAGCUUUACAAACGAUUCCCGGUUAUCCUUACGCGAUUUGGACGGAUAACGGGAAAGAGAAUUUCGGAGAAUUCUCGAAACUUUGCAAAAAACACUCAAUUACACAAAUUUUCAUUAAGCCUGGAAAUCCACAGGCUAAUGGAAAGAUAGAAAAGUGGUGGCCCAAUGCAGAAAAAAAUUGCAGAUGUAAUGAAGAUAUUCCAAAAGUAAUACAUUUUUACAAUAAUAUGCCUCACGCGAGCCUGCCGAUUAAUCCAAUCACAGGCGUACACUUUACUCCAACAGAUUUUGAAGAUCAUGAAAAAGAUUUACAUUGGUACCUCGAUCAAAAUCAAGAAGCAUAUUGGGAGGUUGAUGGCCAGGUCAUCAGCCUCAAAGAAAGCAUAGAAAAUUUCACGACAAAAGAAUAA